AUUCAUAACUCAUGUGUACAAAAAUACAACAAAUAUCGUAAAUCUAGUCUUUUAUCUCGGUGCUACAUUAGUAAUUACUGGUAAAACUUUAUGUAGUCUAAGAAUGGAUAAAAGUAGUAGUGGAUUCGAAAGCUGCAGUGAUGAUGAUGUUUUUGUGCCAAGAAAGAAACCAAAGGAAUCAGGGGAGUUUUCGGUCAGUCGUUCCCAACAAGAAGCUCCAUCACAAAUAGCAAGUACUUAUUCGGGCAGCUUCAAAUGGGAACCCCCGAAGCCCGGGGGUUCCCAUAUGGGUCGCUGUUUAGAGAAACUGAAGGAUGGAUCAACAUGUUUUCAUCCUGUAUCACGCAAGAGUAUUCACCUUCAUUAUAGUCGCAAUCACGCUGGUGAGGAAACCAUUAGCAUACAAAAGGCCGACGACAUUCUAAAAGCAAACAAGUCAAGACAAGAAGACAGUAUGGCUUACAAAAUAACAUUCUUCCAAUUGAGUAGACAAUGUCAGGAUCUACCUGAUACUUUCCCCAUUCUUCCAAUUGGAACUGAACCAACAGGGGAGCAGGCAAGAAUAAAUGCUGAAAUUUCUACCAUCAACAGGAGAAAAUACGAAGACUCCUUGCAGAUAAAUAGGAGUGCUUAUUAUGGAACCGUUAUCUGUCAAUUUGAACCACCUGAUGACGACCCCAAUAUGAAUAUGGAGGAGAUGUGGCUGAGAUUCGAGAAGGAUCCUACUUUUGAAUCGAAAUGGUUCUAUGACGUCAGCCAUUGCGAAGGUCCGUGUCCCACCACACAUUUGGCGAAAAACUCCCGUUCGGAGGUGACCAAAUGGGGUAUCGUUGACAAAUACUCAACGUAUGUUAUGAGAAUUAGAUUUGAAGGGGGCACAAAGGAAGAGAAUUUUAAAGCAGCCAUGGAUUGGCAAGCUCCUUAUUGUGUGUUAGCCCAGUACAAAACAAUUAAUGGAGUUGGUGGUGAGACUGGCAUGAAGAUAACAAUGCUUAACAAAAAACUGGGGCAAAAAUUGAACUACAUCACUGCCGUGUCUCCAGAAGAGGAUGAAAAGUUGAAGCAGAUUUCGAUUCAUGGGACAAAUGUAUUUUACCCUGUUCAAGGGUACGAAAACAUGAAGAAGCAUCCUUGGGUGAAAUACACAUUCCCACCCAGAACUACCUAUUUUACUCCUAAUCCUGCACAAUAAUUCUUGUUGCUUUGACCGUUUUAUGAUAUUUGGUUAUGCUACUCUGUUAACUUUGAAUACAAACUUACUUGAAUACAUACUUACCUUGAUUAGUUGGCGAUAUCUGUAAAUUUUAAAAUACAUUACAGGGAUUAUUAGUCAAUUAGGCUCCAAGUUAAUAUUUUUACCGGUCAGUAUAGUACGAAACGAAUCCUUGUCCGAGUAUAUUUACAAGCUGGGUUCCAAAUGCCAAUAGUUUUAGUACAUUUCGCUCUGAAGCUACCCUAAUGUCAUAAAUGUCUUGAUUUUGAACUUUUGAAAUGAGAAGAAUUCGACGGAACAUGUUAUCGAAAGGAAUCUGAAGUAUGGAAUAAAAAGUCUCAUUUAGCCAAAGCCAAAAACAU